AUGUCAAGUUAUGAACAGGCCAAGUCUUUUUGUACAAAUAUUCUAUCCACCGCUACUACUCAAAAUAACUCCAAUUUACCUUUUGUAACUCUUACUUAUGCUCAAAGUCUUGAUGGUAAGAUAUCAGGAAGUGGAGGACAACAGUUAACUUUGAGUUGUAAAGAAUCCAUGAUUAUGACUCAUAGAUUGAGAACAUUACAUGAUGGUAUAUUGGUUGGUAUUGGAACAUUAUUGAAAGAUGAUCCACGGUUAACAGCAAGAUUAAUAGAAUCAAAAGAAAUUUCUUCUGUUAAGCAACCACAACCAAUAAUAUUAGAUUCCAAAUUACGAUUUCCUCUAACAGCAAGAUUGUUAAUACAAUCUAAAACAGAAGAAUUUAAAGCACCUUGGAUUUUCACUAGGCAACUUUCAAUAUAUCAAAUAUUAAAGAUAUUACAUUCGCCUCCAUUCUCAAUAACUCAAUUAAUGGUGGAAGGAGGAGCUAAAUUAAUACAAUCUUUUUUAAAAAGUGAAAUGGUAAAUCUAUUAAUUAUUACAAUCUCUCCUAUAUUCAUUGGUUCAAAUGCCAUUUCUGUUACUGGAGAUGAUAAUAAUGAUAAUUUUCCUUUAUUAACUAAUAUCAAAUAUGAAAAGUUUGGAACAGAUAUUGUUAUGGUUGCAAAUAUAUUAUCAACAAAAAAAAUAAAAUAA